AUGUCAUACAGACAGAAGAUUUUUCUGUCUAUAAAAAGGUUCACCUCUUGAUUCUUUGCAAUUUGUGCUUCCACGCAAGCUUUUAAACACAUAGACAGAGUCCCGAGCUUGGCCGGUGAAGUCGAUAUCGAGAGCUAGUCGGGAAGAACGUCCAGUCAUCAUGGUUUCGGUCGAGGAGGGUGCCGGUGGCAAGCCCCGUGGAGGUGGAUUCAAGUAUGCAUGCGCCUGCGCUAUCGUCGCAUCGAUGAUUAAUAUAAUAUUUGGCUACGAUACGGGAGUCAUUAGCGGGGCGCUGAUUUUCAUCAAGAAGGACCUCUUGAUCGGAGACACGCAGGUCGAGGUCCUCGCGGGGAUCUUGAACCUGUGCGCCCUGGUUGGGACCUUGGUGGCCGGGCGGAUAUCCGACUACAUUGGUCGGCGCUACACGAUUGUGCUGGCAUCAUUAAUCUUCAUGGUUGGGUCGGUCCUGAUGGGCUGGGCCCCAAACUAUGGGGUCCUCAUGGCGGGGCGGUGCACGGCUGGCAUUUCGGUUGGGUUCGCCCUCAUGAUAGCGCCAGUCUACAUCUCCGAGGUCGCCGCCCCGUCGGCCCGUGGGAUGCUGACGGGUAUAUCCGAGGUCUGUAUAAGCGUCGGUAUCCUGUCCGGUUAUGUGUCUAACUUAGUGUUCGCGAGGAUGGCCCUGAGACUCGGAUGGAGGUUGAUGCUAGGUAUCGCGGCAGCCCCUUCACUUAUGUUGGCCUUGGGUAUCUUGCAAAUGCCCGAGUCCCCAAGGUGGCUUGUCUUGCAGGGUCGACUACGUGAUGCAAAAGCGAUACUGAGAAAAGUAUCGAGCUCCGACGAGGAAGCGGAUGUCCGGUUCAGGGACAUAUUGGCUGCAGCUGGGAUUAACCCCGACUGCACCGAUGAUUAUAUUGAUAUUCCAGAUAACGUAAGCUCCGGGAAAGGUGUGUGGAAGGAGCUCCUGAUAAAGCCCACCCCGAGCGUCCGAUGGGUCUUAUUGGCCGCCCUCGGCAUCCACUUCUUCGAGCACGCCACGGGCAUCCAGGCCGUCAUACUGUACAGCCCCCGGAUCUUUAAAAAGGCAGGGGUCACUAGCCAGAAGAAGCUCCUGCUUGCGACAGUCGGGGUUGGGCUGACCAAGUUAACGUUCGUAUUCCUGUCCACCCUCCUGAUGGACCGGGUCGGCAGGAGGAAGCUCCUCCUCGGAAGCACGGUAGGGAUCAUCGUCUCGUUAUCAGGGCUAGGCUUGUGCCUGACCAUAGUGGAGCACUCCAAGGAAAAGCUCCUGUGGGCACUGGUGCUCAGCAUCGUCGCUACGUACGCAUUCGUGGCCCUGAUGUCGUUUGGGCUGGGGCCGGUCACGUGGGUGUACAGCACGGAGAUCUUCCCUCUCAGGCUCAGGGCCCAGGGGAUGGCCAUAGGGGUGGCGGUGAACAGGUUCAUGAACGCGGCGGUCUCGAUGAGUUUCCUGUCAAUUUCGCACACCAUUACGAUCGGCGGGAGCUUCUUCAUGUUCGCCGGGAUAGCGGUGGUGGCCUUGAUAUUCUUUUACUUCUUCUUGCCGGAGACCAAGGAGAAGUCCUUGGAGGAGAUUGAGAUGAUGUUCGGUAGAGAAAGCCAGCCCAAGCCAAAGCCAAAGCCAAAGGACAGCAACGCUGGCAAUCAAUAGUGUCAUCAGGCUUAUGGUAGAUAGACCGAUAAUUCUUCUGUCCCGUAAAUAAAGAGCUGCGUGCCCCGUAGGCUGUAGCCUUAGGGAGAAAUAGAACUCGAUACAACGGCCUUGUCGGAACUUAUCCACGAGAAUUAUGUAUCGAUAGCGAAAAUCAAUGCCGUUUUGCUUGGCGUCAGGCUUAGAGGAGUGAUCGGAAUACCGAUUAGAAUGAUCAAUUGCGAGAAUGUGCCAAGUAGUUUUAUUGGUCAGAUCCUUUUAAACCACAUAAUUGACGUCUGAUCGAUGAAAUGUUCGUUAACACUC